UCAGAGCCCAAAACCAGAGCGGAGUUCCUCAGAUAUUCACGACAAAUCACACUGGAUCCAAACACAGCACACGAAUAUCUGUUAUUAUCUGACGAGAACAGAAAAGCAACACAAACAGGACUCCAUUCUUAUCCUGAUCACCCAGACAGAUUCAGUUACUGGCAUCAGGUCCUGAGCAGACAGAGUCUGACUGGACGUUGUUACUGGGAGGUGGAGUGGAGCGGGGGGGUGGUUCAUGUAGCCGUCACGUACAAGAAUAUCAGCAGAGGGGAGACACAUGAAUCUUCAUUUGGACAAAAUGACAAAUCUUGGGUGUUAUAUUGUGUCAAUACCAGAUACGGCUUUUGGUACAACAAAGUCCAAACUCCCGUCUCAGGUCCUCGGUCCUCCAGAGUCGGAGUGUACCUGGAUCACGGUGCAGGGAUUCUGUCCUUCUACAGCGUCUCUAAAACCAUGACUCUCCUCCACAGAGUCCAGACCACGUUCACCCAGCCGCUCCACGCUGGACUUUGGGUUUAUUGUAACGGAUCCACUGCUGAGUUGUGUGAAGCGAAAUAGUCAGAGGUCACUGAAGGGUUAAACUUUGCGUUUGGUCUCCACGUUUGCUGCUCAGAGCUGAUUG